CCUUCCUUUCUGUGCACCUUGCGGUAGGCGAAGAGCGGCAGCCGCUGCAGCAGCCAGCGGGGUGUGCACUGAGAGGCGGACUUAGGGACUGCUGACGGACGGACAGACCGAGAGGACCCUCCCGAGACCCCGCGUCAUGGCCGAGAGGAAGCAAUCUGGGAAGGCAGCAGAGGACGAAGAGGUCCCUGCCUUUUUUAAAAACCUGGGCUCGGGCAGCCCCAAGCCCCGGCAGAAAUUCUGUGGCAUGUUCUGCCCCGUGGAAGGGUCCUCGGAAAACAAGACCAUCGACUUCGACUCGCUGUCGGUGGGCCGGGGCUCGGGGCAGGUGGUGGCUCAGCAGCGGGACGUCGCCCACUUGGGCCCCGACCCGCAGCCGCCGUACUCGCGACAGAGCCGGCGUGUCGGAGGGGAGCCAUCUGUUGAAUCGGGCCGGAAGGUGGAGAUCCGGCGGGCCUCGGGCAAAGAAGCCUUGCAGAACAUCUACGACCAGAGUGAUCGUCUUCUGAUCAAAGGAGGUAAAAUCGUUAAUGAUGACCAGUCAUUCUAUGCAGAUAUAUACAUGGAAGAUGGGUUGAUCAAGCAAAUAGGAGAAAACCUGAUUGUGCCAGGAGGGGUGAAGACCAUCGAGGCCCAUUCUAGGAUGGUGAUUCCUGGAGGGAUCGACGUCCACACCCGCUUUCAGAUGCCUGACCAGGGAAUGACUUCUGCUGAUGACUUCUUUCAAGGCACCAAAGCAGCCCUGGCUGGGGGAACCACCAUGAUCAUUGACCAUGUUGUGCCUGAGCCUGGGACAAGCCUGCUGGCCGCCUUUGACCAGUGGAGGGAAUGGGCCGACAGCAAGUCCUGCUGUGACUACUCUCUGCACGUGGACAUUACUGAGUGGCACAAGGGUAUCCAAGAGGAGAUGGAAGCUCUGGUGAAGGACCACGGGGUAAAUUCUUUCCUCGUGUACAUGGCUUUCAAAGAUCGCUUCCAGCUAACGGAUUCCCAGAUCUACGAAGUGCUGAGCGUGAUCCGGGAUAUCGGUGCCAUCGCCCAAGUCCACGCAGAGAAUGGUGACAUCAUUGCAGAGGAACAGCAGAGGAUCCUGGAUCUGGGCAUCACGGGCCCCGAGGGACAUGUGCUGAGCCGGCCUGAGGAGGUUGAGGCUGAAGCCGUGAAUCGUUCGAUUACCAUUGCCAACCAGACCAACUGCCCCCUGUACGUCACCAAGGUGAUGAGCAAGAGCGCGGCCGAAGUCAUUGCCCAGGCCCGGAAAAAGGGAACCGUGGUGUACGGCGAGCCCAUCACUGCCAGCUUGGGAACUGAUGGCUCCCACUACUGGAGUAAGAACUGGGCCAAGGCUGCUGCUUUUGUCACCUCCCCACCCCUGAGCCCUGACCCUACCACUCCAGACUUUCUGAACUCCUUGCUGUCCUGUGGAGAUCUCCAGGUCACUGGCAGCGCCCACUGUACUUUCAACACUGCUCAGAAGGCCGUGGGGAAGGACAACUUCACCCUGAUCCCUGAAGGCACCAAUGGCACUGAGGAGCGGAUGUCCGUCAUCUGGGACAAGGCUGUGGUCACUGGGAAGAUGGAUGAGAACCAGUUUGUGGCUGUGACCAGCACCAAUGCAGCCAAAGUCUUCAACCUUUACCCUCGAAAAGGCCGCAUUGCCGUGGGAUCUGAUGCUGACCUGGUCAUCUGGGACCCCGACAGUGUGAAAACCAUCUCUGCCAAGACCCACAACAGCGCUCUCGAGUACAACAUCUUCGAAGGCAUGGAGUGCCGCGGCUCUCCGCUGGUCGUCAUUAGCCAGGGGAAGAUUGUCCUAGAAGACGGCACCCUUCACGUCACCGAAGGCUCUGGGCGCUACAUCCCUCGAAAGCCCUUCCCCGAUUUUGUUUAUAAGCGUAUCAAGGCGAGGAGCAGACUGGCGGAGCUGAGAGGGGUUCCUCGUGGCCUGUACGACGGACCUGUGUGUGAAGUGUCUGUGACACCCAAGACAGUCACUCCAGCCUCCUCGGCUAAGACAUCUCCGGCCAAGCAGCAGGCCCCACCUGUCCGGAACCUGCACCAGUCUGGAUUUAGCUUGUCUGGCGCUCAGAUUGAUGACAACAUCCCUCGCCGCACCACCCAGCGCAUCGUGGCGCCCCCUGGUGGCCGUGCCAACAUCACCAGCCUGGGCUAGAGGUCCUGGGCCACAGUCUACUGGGGGAUGGGGGAUGGGGGAUGGGACAUCUGAGGACAUUCUGAGACUUUCUUCCUUCCUUCCUUCCUUUUUUUUUCUUUAAGAGCCUGUGAUAGUUACUGUGGGGCAGCCAGUUCAUGGGGCUCCUUCUUGGGCCCCGCACUCCGUCCCUCACCCGGAGUCACUGAUUUUGCUCACCCACUUC